AUGAUGCGUCUUUUAUUGAUCCGUUCCCGCGUCUCUGGCCCGACGCUGUUUGUGGCGCAAACCAACCCCGCCUUGAAUGGCUGUGUCUAUGUCUUCGUACGACGAGUGCAGGUACCAGUGGAGCUUCCAGAGGUUGAUGGAAAACUCUUUGCCACCUGCAGUUGUUUUGUUCCUUUGUCAGACUCCCAGUGGUAUGUGGACCUCCAGCAGUGUGUCCUGCUCGCAGAGUGUAACGAGUUUGCAGUUCUCAAGACUUGA